AGCAACACUGAUUCUAACUAGGACUUAACACUAGCUUUACUGGAUUUUGUGUUUAGCAGUUUUUCUAAUUGUUUAACAUGGAGCUAUUGAGAUUUGUGUUCGUGUUGGUGUUGAGUGUGUGUGAAGCCGCAGCUGUGCCACCCUGCAAAUGGGCAGACUUCAGACUCCAAAUGCUGAACAAGGACAGCAUUACACUGCUGGAGAGCAUGGGUGGUCCGAUGCCACUGGAUUGUUUAGAGGAAAAAAACAACUCCUUUCCACAGGUGUCCUUUCCAAAGGAUGAAAACUUGCUCCCGGUUGCUCUUGAAACUCUUAAUGAAGUCGCCAAAAUCUUCAACAUGACUUCAAUAACAUCAGUCACAUGGGACAGAGGGCAACUGAGAUACUUCAAGGCCCUCAUAGAUAGACAAGUGGAAAAUCUGAAGAUAUGUGUAGGGAAACAGGUCCAGACAGUGAUGGACAAAUCUGUGAGCAACAGCACCGAUACACUCAGGUCCUAUUUUGUAAAAUUGGAAGAGCGACUGAAAGAGAAGGAGUUCAGCUCAUGCGCCUGGGAGAUAGUGAGAAAAGAGCUGCUGGAUAGUCUCCAGAAGUUGCAGACUUUUAUAAAGAGCAAGAACUGA